AGGCCUCAUGUCAGGAGUGAUUUUGCUCUUGCUAACUUCCUGUGAGCACAGUCUCUUCUUCUGCAUGCCAUUUCAAAACAAAGUGACAUCUGAUGUUCUUUUUUAGUAUAAUGUACCUCAAACAAGUGGCAGAGAUGGCUGAAACAGGUGAAAUGAUCUAAAACAUAUUUUUCAAUAAAAUAUAGUGAGUCAAGUGUGCUCUACCAUUUUGUUGAGCAGAACGUUAAAGGGUGUCACUGUUUAUUGUUUUCCAGAAAAUUUAAUGAGUCUCUACCAGCUCAGUGUUCAGGAGUUCUGCUGAUAAUUAGAAUAAUUAGAGCUCAACAUGGUGGAACUGCUCUGGUUCCUCAGGAAACCUUUUAGAAGUGAACAGGUUCCUCCUCAGGUUCCUCCUCAGCAUGAUGAAAGGUGGAGCUGUGUCUCAUCAGAUGCUUGCUGAGCUGUUGUGAAACUGAGAGCUGCUGUAACGGCUUCAGGAGGCAGAAACCAAACAUCAGCUGAGGGAAACUUUCUAACCGCUCCUGUGGGUGUCCACUUCCUGCUGAGAUUCAACACCAACAAUCUGAACAAGAGUCUGACGUCUGUAUCCAUGGAAACACAGAAACAGCUGCUGGUGCUGAGCUACUUGUUGCUAUGGUGACGUCAGGACACUGCUGUCAUUCAACUAAAACUUUCUCUGGGUGCCACAGUAAUCUGAUUACAUGUAGUAACGGUAGAUACCCUGCAGGUCUGCUGGACCUCUGCUGCAGGUCAGCUGACCUCUGUGAGCUUCAGGACUCUUCCGGAACCCCCUCCCUGCUGAUGCAGCUGAAUCCGUGUUUCCAUGAGGACAAAGCCUGGGCUCCCUGCAGCACAAACAUCCAGAGAACAAAAGCAGCCGAGCUUCCAGAAGCCCGUCCUCCCAUAAAUCUGGGCCCUGAGUGGCUCUGAGCGGUUUGACACUGGGAGCUGCUGAGCGUCAUGCCUCUGCCCCGACGCCGCUCAUCCUUCCUGGGACAGCCGUCCUCAGAGCGUCCCGCCUCCUCCUGCGGGAGGAUCGGAGCCUCCGGUACGGCCGCCCCCCGAGGCGUCUUCGUGGGCUCCGCCCCUCCGGCCUGCGGGGCCUCCAACCUGGGGACCCGGGUGUCCCGCAGGGCCCUGGGCAUCAGCAGCGUGUUCCUGCAGGGGAUGCGGAGCAGCGCCAUGCCGGUUCUGCCCCGCACUGGGGAGCGUGCGGCGCCUCACGGAGCGGCGGCGGCCGGACUGAACAGCUGCCUGAUGGAGUACCGGGACAAAGUGAGAGCCCUGGAGCAGCUGAACCAGCAGCUGGAGGAGCAGAUCCGCCUCUGCCUGGACCGCAAGGCCUCCAGCGCCGGAGCAUGGGGACCCCUCCGCCGGGAGUGGGAGGACGUCUACAGACAGGUCAGUGAAGCCAUCCUGGACAACGCUCGGCUGAUGCUGCAGACGGAAAAUGUUCAGGCCAAUGCCGAGGACUUCAAGGACAGGUAUGAGAACGAGCAGCCCUUCAGGAGGGCGGUGGAGGAGGAGAUCAGCUCGCUGUACAAAGUGAUCGAUGAGGCGACCCUGACGAAGGCGGAGCUGGAGGAGCAGAUGGAGAACAUGCGGGCGGAGCUACGUAGCCUGGAGCAGAACCACGAGCAGGAUGUGCGAGUCCUCUACAGCCAGAUGGCAGGUCGAGAGGUGGACGAACCCGACGCUCCCAUAGAAACCAGUCUAGAUCAGAUCCUGGCCUACAUCAGGAGCCACUGGGAGAAGGUGACGGAGAGGAACCGGGCCGAGACCGACAGCUACCUGGAGUGUAAGGAGGCGCAGUGUGUGAGCAGCAGGCUGAGUCCUGAGGAGGAGCAGGUGGAGGCGCUGAAGGCUGAAUGCAACGACACCGGCUGCAAGAUCCAGAGCCUGCAGGCCGAGACCGAGUCCAUCCGAGCGCUGAAACGUGGUCUGGAGAACUCGCUGAGCGACGCCCGCCACUGGCAUGACAUGGAGCUGCAGAACCUGGGAUCAGUGGUCUCCAAGCUGGAGGCGGAGCUCGGAGAUGUUCGCGGGGAGAUCGAACAGCAGCGCCGUGACUACGACACAUUGCUAGGCAACAAGCAGCGCCUGGAGCAGGAGAUAGGCAUGUACCACGGUAUCCUGGACGGGGAGGAGAACCGAUUCCAGCCCACUGAGACACCGUGUUCAGGCCUGCACUCAGAGUCUGAGGGAGCUGCUGCUGCUCCAGGACCUCCAGGACAGUGAUCCCAGUGGAGGAUCACAGCCAACUGAAGCCCAACAGGGACUAUGAUCUGGACCUGGUCCUGCUGGGUUCCACCUGUGAGGUGUACAGGUGUGACAGAUGCUAAGAAGCUGCAGCCACCUGCUGAUUGAGCUGCUUCAUGUGAAUGCGAUGUUAGAAGGUCCUCAGAACACCAGAGGACCCAACCAGACCCAGCUGGGGUUGUGGGUCCAGACUGGACCAGUCUGGCCUCCGUUGGGUCGAGAUUGUUUGUAAUUAUAUUAAGAAACCAAAUAAAGAUACGAUUUUAAAGCAAAGGAAGUCCCAUUUAUUUGUAGGAUGUUCUGAAGAACCACAGAUGCAGGAAAUCUGUUUUAACUCCAGAGCACCAUGACAAAGACUUCUGACGAGGUUCAUGACCUGAAAUUUUCAA